AUUGGAAAAACAUGGCGGCUCACACUACCAAGAUAUGCCUGUCCCUAGGUCGAAUAAAUGGCCCUGGUUUUGGACAAUAUGCAUCAUUAAACAGGGCGACAUAUGCCACGGCACUGUCUACAUCAAAUUUUACUGGAAAUAAAGGUGGACCUGACCGAGGGGGUCGAGGAGCUUUUGUAAGGCGACCCAGACGAGAGCCAGGGGAGCCCAGAACAGAGAAGAUGGACAGCCAGCAGGACUGGUCUGCGGUCUACCCGUCUGCAGCGUCGUUCAGACCGGGCUCUGUCCCCCUGCCUGUCCGUAUGGGCUACCCGGUGAAGGGGGGAGUUCCCUCAGAGAAGAGAGGCAACCUGGAGCUGAUAAAGAUACCAAACUUCCUGCACUUGACACCGGCAGCCAUUAAGAAGCACUGUGAAGCCUUGAAACCGUUCUGCACCGAGUGGCCCGCUGGCCUGGACUCCGAUGGCGACCUGGACAAGCACCUCCCCAUCCGGAUAGAGACCACGGACUACGUCUCGGCCGGGCCCUCCGUCAGGAACCCCGCCGCCCGGGUCGUCACUCUCCGGGUCAGGCUUUCCAGUCUGAACUUGGACGAACAUGCACGGGAGAAGAUGCUCAAACUUCUUGGGGACAGAUACUGUAAAGACACAGACAUCCUGACCAUCACAACAGACAGCUGCCCGUUGAAACAGCAGAAUACCGACUAUGCCAUGUACCUGCUGACCGUUCUCUACCAUGAAGCAUGGAAAACGGAGGCGUGGGAGUCUGAGAUGACGAGGGCGGACCGCCGCGAGUACAUCUGGGAGGAGAGCGCCUCGCAGCAUAACGUCCUGGACACGCUGGCCCGCAUGGCCACGCCCGUCCCGGGGGAGGGCGUGGGCGUGGGCGAGGGCGAGGCGCCCCCAAGGGAGGUGCUGCUGGCCCGGCCCGAGGUUCAGCAGUACCGGGACUCGGUCACCCGACUGAAGAACGAGGGGGAGAGCGAGGGAGCCACACUCCGCUACAGAGAGGCCGUGAAGAAGCUGCUCAGUCUGUAGUGUGUGUGUGUGUGGUUCCUAUCUCUGACCGGCACCCAACCCAGCCCUCCACUCCCCUCAACCCAUCCCGCCAUCCACACACACACACACACACACACAGACACACACACACACACGGGGAGGCAGGGCACCUAGGGACGUUGGAGCACAAGUAGAGGACUGCAUUGGCCCUUGGAGCAUGGGGUUACUCUUCGAGGCUUGAAAAAAACAAACAUUCUGAUAUUGUUUGAGACUCCCGUGGUCUCCUGGACAGGACUCUUAUCAUCGUUCACUCAGUCAGCGUCAGUGGCAAACAAAUACAAAUGUCGUGUGGUUGAAAGUGGAACCUUUUACUUUUUUCAGCAAGGGUAAAGGCGAUCAAGUUAUUCUUCAAUCCUCAUUCAUAACCCCGACUCCGUUCCACUUCUUCUCUCCUCCUCAC